GAGAUAUUGUGAAUUCACCAUUUGAUAUUUGCAGCCAUGGGAUCAAGGCAAGUGCUAAGCAAGCUUUUUGCAGUGGUUGCUGUGUUUGUAUGUUUCUGGGAUGCUGUGUUGUCAACUCCUUGGGCUCAUGCAGCUCUGAAGCCCAAGGGCUUCCAGAAGUCUGCAGUGCUUCAACCUAGGGGCUUCCAGAACCAGAGGUCUGCAGUGCUGCAACCCAGGAAGCAGGAUUCAGUGUUCCAGUCAAAACAAGUCUUCGAAACCCCACUGACCUGGACGUUUCCUCAUGAUCCAGUGCUGGAGGCCAAACCUGAAGUGAAUAAUUUUGAGCUGAAGCAGCCCGUGCCUGCCGACACGGUGGGGGUGAAGUGCGGGGAGAAUCUGGUACAGGUGGAGGUCAAGCAGGAUCUGUUUGGUAUCGGCCAACUCAUCCAGCCGGCGCAUCUCACCCUGGGGGGCUGUGCUGCAGCUGGGGAGGAUGUCGAAGCCCGCAGGCUGAUCUUUGAGUCUGAGCUGCAGGGAUGCAACAGCAAAUUGGAGAUGAUAGAGGAUGCCCUCAUCUAUACCUUCCACCUGCUCUACAAACCAAGCAAUAUUGGUGAUACCCCUGUUGUAAGGACCACUGAGGCUGUUGUAGGCAUUGAGUGCCACUACAAGAGGAAACGCAAUGUGAGCAGCAAUGCCUUGAAGCCCACCUGGACCCUCUUUGGAGACUCUAAAGUAGUCGAGGAGCAACUCUACUUUUCUCUCAAGCUCAUGACUGACGACUGGCAGUUUGAGAGGCCCUCCAGUCAGUACUUCCUGGGUGACCUGAUUUGCAUGGAAGCCUCUGUCCUGCAGUACCACCAUGUGCCGCUGCGGGUCUUUGUGGAAAGCUGCGUUGCCACUCUGGUGCCUGACAUUAACUCUAAGCCCAGAUACUCCUUCAUUGAGAAUCAUGGGUGUCUAGUUGAUGCUGCGUUGACGGGCUCUAGUUCCCAGUUCCUGCCUCGCUCACAGGACCACAAGCUUCAGAUCCAGCUGGAGGCCUUCAGAUUCCAUCAGCAGGAUGCUGGCCCUGGAAGCAACAGCAACACUGGCGAGGACAAAAUUGACCAGAUCUACAUAACCUGCCACCUGAAGGCCACUGCAGCUUCGUCCCCAAUUUAUGCUGAGCACAAGGCCUGUUCCUUUGUCAAGGGGUGGAGGUCUGCAGAUGGGGAUGACCAGGUGUGUGGUUGCUGUGACUCCUCCUGCACCAUGAGAAGGGCCAGAGAUAUCUCCGUCGACGCCGAUGUGCAGUGGGAAGCCGACACUGUCCUUGGCCCCAUAUCCAUCCAGCAGUAUCUUGUGUUGCCAUAACAUUUUAAAUGGGCUAUAGAGAAAAAUAAACAACUUAAUGGA